UCCGCUUUAUUUUUUACGACCGCUUGCAGCGGAGAGCUACGGUGCUCCCUUUCUAACUAACACUUGAGAUAUCGCUGUCUCGCUCAUGCGGGGCGAAGGGCGAGGCGCCGGCACGUAGCGUUCUAGUGGGGUCUUGUCUCUCACACUCACAGUUACCUCGACCACUGCUACGGACGCACGUUUUCGUUGUUCACUUACUCGCGGACGUGCCACAGAGUAGUUGUGUUGUAGAGUCUACAGUGUUGCGUGAAGUUUACAAGUGUUCAUUUACGUUGUUCUCCAAAUGGUCGUACUUGAAGACGGAGGAAUGAUGAAUACAAAUCCCAAUCAAUAUCUUCAACCUGACUACUUAUCACCACUUCCAUCAUCUAUGGAUUCGAAGAAAAGCCCGCUUGCGCUUUUAGCGCAAACCUGCAGCCAGAUAGGUGCCGACACGCUGCCUACUAAACCACUUCUGCCAGGUGGAGACAAGAGAAAGUCAGUGAACAGUGUUAACAGUGAUUCAAUUAGUCGUUCUUCGCCAAACUCUACAAAAAUGGACAAGCCCCGUUCAACACCCGAGACAAAGCAUUUAGCAUUCAAGCCAUAUGAAAAUAUGGUUGUAACCAAGAAGCCAGAAGAUACCCGUCCAUCAUCAAAGGCAAGCUCGGAUGGCUCAGAUGAUAAAAAAUCUGGAAAAAGCACGCCCGGUCGGAAAUCAACUCCACCAACAGCUGAAAACGGAAAAAGUAGUCCUCAGAACGAACAAAAAUCAUCACCAGCGAGUUCGUCAGGGACCAGCCCAAUUAUUCGUUCCGGUCUGGAAGUGUUAGGUCAUGGCAAAGACCAUCUUGGAGCUUUUAAAAAUUUACCCGGCCUUCCCGGCUACAAUCCGUUGACCGGACUUUGUUGUCCUCCCGGCAUGGAGCAACAUGCAAACCCAGCAUUCAGACCGCCGUACGCUGGAUCGCCGUUCAGUGCGCAUCACGCGGCAAUGUUAGCAGCUGCGGCAGCCUUCCCUGGAUCCACGCCAAAUCCAUAUCUGGGAUAUGCUCGUGUCAAAACACCAGCAGGUGGAGAAACAUUGGUUCCCGUGUGUAAAGAUCCAUACUGUACUGGAUGUCAAUUUUCAGUUAACAAUCACCAUCUCUUGAUGAGCAACGGUGCUUGCCCCGCUGGAUGCACUCAAUGUGAACAUCAGAAGUAUAACAUAGCAAUGGCGAUGGCUCUGUCACAGCAAGGUGGAUUGCAGUACCAGCAAGCUACACGCCCUUAUGUUUGCAAUUGGAUUGUCGGAGAAUCAUACUGUGGAAAACGAUUUGGAAACUCUGAAGAACUUCUGCAGCAUUUGAGGAGUCACACAGCCGAUGGAUCUACACCAUCCACAUCAUCUACAAGUCAACCAUCGCUGCUCAAUCCGCUAAAUCCUCUGUUCACGACAGCCGGUCUUCGCGGCGCAUAUCCGACGGCGCCGUUAAGUCCACUCUCAGCAAGCCGUUACCAUCCGUACUCUAAGGCCAGCCUACCUGCGAGUCUCGGGUCAUCUCCGUACGGUGCGUUUAACCCUGCGCUGGGGCCUUUUUACUCCCCAUAUGCGAUGUACGGCCAAAGACUUGGAGCAGCUGUUCACCAAUAAAUCUUGUAGUGAAAAAAACAAAGGACUAUCGAUGUACUGUCCAACUUUCUUCUGUGAUAUCAAUAGACUAGAAAAUCAUGUCAAAUGAAAUAUGCAAUGACAAAUUUAGUGAUUAGUGCAAUGUAAAAGUUAAGUUAUAUAGUAUAGAGAAACGUGCCGUUAAGUUUGUAUCUUUGCGGGUGAUGUUGAGACUAUUUUCAAGACUUGUACAGCCAAAUGUGUGUAAAUAUUGAUAUCUAUGUUUAAUAUUAAAUUAUAUAUUAUAAAUAUAAAAAUCAUUCAAAUUA